GAGACCCGAAGAAACACGUUCCUCAUAUUUUUUUUCCGCGGCUUCCCCUAAUCGUAAGAGCCAACCGCUGCGUCAGAUGCAAGAGAGACGAUUUCUCCCCACCUUUUACAUGGCGAUUUCAUGUCCUCGAUCCCAUCGAUAUCCAGACAACACCACCCUCUAGGGUUAUUCAUGGUCUUUCCUCUGUCUUCCUUCGGACCGAACCCUAGUUUGUUUCCGAACACGAUUCGAUUGCUUCGCAAAGGCUGCACCGGAUUGCCAUGCGACGCUGGUUCUCUGCGAUCUCCCUCUCGAGAGAGGACUCUUUGUUGAAUUUCAAUCAAUACUGCUGCUACUUCGCGAUCGCAACGUCUCAAUUUCAAGCCGGUUGUUGUAGAUUCAUCGAUGGGUGCCGAUGCUCAUCACGGCCCUAGUCCCAAGGGCCUCCUCUGCAAUGCCGGCGCCGGUGCCGCCGCUGGAGUUAUUGCAGCAGCAUUUGUAUGUCCUUUAGAUGUAAUCAAGACGAGGUUUCAGGUUCACGGGCUGUCGGCGCUCAAUAAUGGAAGUGUUAAAGGUAGUGUCAUAGUUGGGAGUUUAGCACAAAUAUUUCAAAGGGAGGGUUUGCGUGGAAUGUACCGUGGGCUUUCACCAACUGUGCUGGCAUUACUUCCAAACUGGGCGGUUUAUUUUACUAUUUAUGAUCAGCUCAAAAGCAUUCUUUGCUCUGAUGAUGGGAAUCAUCACCUUUCAAUUGGUGCUAAUGUGAUAGCUGCUUCUGGUGCUGGAGCUGCAACAACCAUUUUUACAAAUCCUCUUUGGGUUGUAAAGACAAGACUUCAGACUCAAGGAAUGAGAACAGGUGUGGUGCCAUACAGGAGUACAUUGUCCGCUUUAAGGAGAAUUGCUCAUGAAGAGGGCAUUCGUGGAUUAUACAGUGGUCUUGUGCCUGCAUUAGCUGGUAUCAGUCAUGUUGCCAUUCAGUUCCCAGCAUAUGAGACAAUCAAAAUCUAUUUGGCCGAUAGAGGUGACACUACAAUGGAUAAACUUGGUGCAAGCGAUGUUGCUGUUGCCUCCUCAGUUUCCAAAAUAUUUGCAUCUACAUUGACAUAUCCACAUGAGGUUGUGCGCUCUAGGUUACAAGAGCAAGGGCACCACUCGGAGAAAAGAUACUCGGGUGUCAUUGACUGUGUUAAGAAAGUAUUUCAACAAGAGGGCAUCCCUGGUUUUUACCGUGGAUGUGCCACCAACCUGCUCCGAACAACCCCAGCUGCUGUAAUUACAUUCACCAGCUUUGAGAUGAUUCAUCGAUUUCUUGUUGACCUGUUUCCCCCUGAUCCACAGCCUCACACAUUGUGAAGAUAUAUCAUGCUCUACGCAAGCAUCUAGUCUUUGGAAUUCAGUGUACCCUCCAACAGGCAAAGCAAAUCAGGGAGCUUUACCUACAUUUUAGUUGUUUGUGUUGGGUCGAUUUUUGAUUGGUUGGUGUAUUUUAGUCAUUUUUGGUAGCUUUUACCAACAUUUAUCAACAAUUGCAUUUUGUUGAACUCAUGUUAUGCCGUCUACCCUGAGAGGACUACCCUGAGAGGAGGACUAGAUAGCAUACCGACACUGAUGAUGAUGAUAAUGUGAAGUACAAUGUCGACGUUCAAAAUUUUCUGGAGGUUUUCCUCUGGUUACCCAAUAUCAUCUGAAUCUGUUGAAUUUUAGUAAGCGGAUUCUAAUGAGAAAUCAUAUUGUGCUGGAUGUUUUGGCUUGCGGGAGAAUAUCCUGAGAGGACUAGGUGGUAUACCGUCAAUUAUGAUGAUGAUGAAAAAGUGUAGUACAAUGUAGACGUUCUGGUUGCCCGAAUCAUCAGAAUCUGUUCAAUUUCAAUUAAUGGAUUCUAAUGAGAUACUGUCAUAUUGUACUGAA